AUGGUGCUAACGGGUUCGUUGCGGUUAGACAAGAUCAAGCAGGCAGCUCGGCGAGACGCCUGGUACCACAACUUCGACGGCAAUGACACGCAACGCACAUACAAUCCCUUUGGCCGCAUGAACACACGCCCCCGAGUUGGCACCGACGUGGAAAACCAGAACAAUUUGGCGCACAUUCAGUCCAGCGACGGUGUGUCAACGCUCGAGGACCAACGAAGACUGCAGGCAGAUGAGGAGAAUGGACCAUUCCGAGGACCGGAUAAGUCGAGUACAUACCCACCAGGCCCUCAGAUGGGAAUGCCGUCGAACAGCGAAAAAGGAGAUUUCAGUGAAACUGAGAAGCCAAGCGGGGAGACUGAGAAGAACGAUACCUCGAUCGAACCUGUGCCUCAGGGAUCUAUCGAAGAUUCGGUAGGGUCGAAUGGGGAGAACGGCAAAGCGAGGAAACGCAGGAAGUUCUUCGCCCCGUUCAGCAAGAAGAAGGACGCCGAUGGCGUCGACCGAGCCGAGACGGACGAGUCGAAGAAGAAGUCGAGGAAGAAAUAUCCCCACAUCACGUUCAUGAGCCAAUUCAAGGCCGUCUUUGGCUCCUAUAUCAACAUCCUCUUGGUCAUGGUGCCGGUCGGUAUCGCUCUGGAAUACAGCCAUGUUGACAAGACAGCGGUCUUCGUGGUCAACUUUGUUGCCAUCAUCCCUCUAGCUGCGAUGCUGUCGUACGCCACUGAGGAGCUGGCCAUGUACAUUGGAGAAGUUCUCGGCGGUCUACUCAACGCCACGUUCGGAAAUGCCGUCGAGUUGAUUGUCAGUAUCAUCGCUUUGACGCAGAAGAAGGUCCUCAUCGUGCAGACCUCCUUGAUUGGGAGUAUGCUGUCGAACUUGCUACUGGUCCUAGGAAUGUGUUUCUUCUUGGGAGGCAUCAACCGUGUUGAGCAGCACUUCAACAUCACAGUCGCACAGACGGCAGCUUCCCUCCUCGCACUGGCAAUUGGCAGUCUGAUCAUCCCCACGGCGUUCCAGAUCUUCUCCCCAGACGACAGUGGAGUCGCUCCAACCUCUCGCGGAACUGCAGUCCUCUUGCUGGUGGUAUACGCCUGCUAUCUGAUUUUCCAACUGCGGACACAUGUCGACAUGUACAAUGAGCCAAGCCAGAAAUCGCCCAAGAAAUCUUCCGGCAAGAAGGAAGAGGGCGAGACUUUGAAGGGCAUUGCGAUGAUCGGCGCUGCAAGUGGUGCUGCCACUGCAGGUGGGAGGAUUAAUCAGGAGAAUCUUGUCCAAGAGCAAGAAGCCGAGGAAGAGACUCCUCAGCUCACGGUCGUUGGUGCUCUUGUCACCCUCGCCAUUUCGACUGUCUUCAUCGCUCUGUGCGCUGAGUACAUGGUCUCGGCCAUUACUGCCAUUUCGGAGAGUGUCUCGCAAGAGUUCAUUGGUCUCAUCCUCCUCCCUAUCGUCGGAAACGCCGCAGAGCACGCCACCGCUGUGACGGUUGCAAUCAAGGACAAAAUGGAUCUCGCCAUUGGAGUUGCAGUCGGCUCGAGUCUACAGAUUGCUCUUCUGGUCCUCCCCAUCAUGGUCAUGCUCAACUGGUGGGGCGUUGGUUCGCCUGCGGUCAUGGAUCUCGACUUCAACGGCUUCUUGGUCGUCGUGCUUGUCAUUUCUAUCUGGCUCGUCAACUACCUCAUCAACGACGGAAAGUCGCAUUGGCUUGAGGGUGUUUUGCUGAUGAUUACAUAUCUCAUCAUCGCCGUGAGCGCUUGGUUCUACCCUGCUGAUGGUGAAGUUGCUGGCUGA